UGAAGCUUCUAACCCAUAAUUUUAUGAGAUGUCAGGCCAAGGAUUGUGCCUCAGUCGAUCUGACCGCUGAAGGAGAGGAGAAACCUUACCCUCUCAAGAUAGUUGUUGAGACCUCUGAGGAAGAGAAGAUUGAUGAAGACCAUUAUUCCCUAGAAGCAAGGACAAAGAUGAGAACUUAGAAUAUCCAGCUCUGAUAAAGAGCCUCAGUGAUAUUGAGUUCAAACCUGAUUUUGAGAAUGACCCCUUUACUGAGGAAGAAAAAGACUUGCCUGAAACUCUUCCUGAAGACUGGCAGAAAGACCCAGACCUUGUGAAUAAAAUCUUCAAUACUUCUAUGGUUAAAGAGAUCAUCACUGGGCAACUCAUUUGUAGGAGAUGCUCUAGAGAAUUCAGGAUUGUAAACGGCAUCAUCAAUAUGCUCCUCAAAGAAGAUGAAAUCGAACAUGAGGAAUAGAAAAAUAUGAAUAUUUUGAAAAGAUAUCAAAUGAUCC